UUCAACCAACUUUCAACUCUCUUUUUUCUUUCUUUUAUUCCUCAACGAGUGAAACCCUUAAAUGUACAGAUCUCCACCAUCUUCGGUUCUCUAAAAGUUGGAUCAAAAAUUGAGAUCAACUGUCAGAGUGAAGGAUCGAGACCACCAGCUGGGAUAUCUUGGAGAAAAGGUUUAGAAAACAUCGAUCACUUAGCUGUGCAAAACAUCUAUGGAAGCAUAACUUUUAGCACUCUUACUUUUGUUCCUAAAAUUGAAGAUCACAACAAAACGUUGACGUGUGAAGCUUUAAACCUAAAGCUUCCAAGAAGUUCCUUGCACGACAGCUGGACUCUAAACAUUUUGUACCCACCUCAACUUACUCUUGUCUUUGGUGCUAGCGUGCAACACGCACAUAUCCACGAAGGAAGCGACGUAUAUUUCGAAUGCAACAUUCAAUCCAACCCUUCAAUAACUGACAUCAAGUGGAUCUUUCAAGGUCAAAAUGUUGCUAAAGAUUCUCUUAGAGGGGUCAGCAUCCGAAAUCACUCCCUUCAUCUCCAUAGUGUCGAUCAAAGUCACAAAGGCUCUUAUCAAUGUGAAGCCUUCAACUCUGAAGGAAAAGGUCAAAGUGAAGAAGUGCUACUUAAAAUAUAUUAUACUCCAAUGUGCGUACACAAACAUAGGCGAAGUUAUGGUGUUGGAAAAAACGAAAAAAUUAAUGUGAGUUGCAAUGUGGAGUCUGAUCCCGAAGUGAUUGAAUUUUGGUGGAGAUUCAGCAAUCCUCUGAAUGAGACAAGAGAGAUUAGGACGUUCAAAAAUGACGUGAAAAAAUCCAAGAGUGUUGCAAGAUACAUUCCAUUAAACGAAAACGAUUAUGGCUCUCUGAUUUGCUAUGCAAGAAAUGCUGUCGGAAUCAUGAGGCAACCGUGCAUUUUUGAAAUAACUCCAACAGGUCCUCCAGAACCAUUACAAAACUGCACCGUCAGCAACCAAUCAUACAAUUCUUUAUUCAUAUCGUGCAAAGAAGGGUAUGAUGGCGGAAGAAAACAGGCCUUCUUCUUAGAGAUGUACAGCGUCAAGGAAGAAAUAUUACUCGUCAACAUAUCAUCAACCGAUAAACCAAGUUUUCUAGUGAAGGGAUUGCCUUCCCACGUUUCGUUCAUCAUUAUAAUUUAUUCAUCCAACUCAGAGGGUCGAAGUUCAUCAGUAGCACUCACUGCAACGACAUUAUUAUCAGGUGAAACAUUGACAGAUAAGAAAAGUAAUGUGAUAGGAGCAGAGUUAAUAGCAACGCUUACAGUACUUGUGGCUCUAUCCUUGCUGGCUGUAGCUGCAAUAGUUGUAGUAUAUAGGAAUAAAACUAACAGCAUAUCUCAUGAAGUACGAGUUCCUCAAAAUGAAGUUAUAGAAAAAAGUCCAAAACCAACGAGUUUUUUUAUUCAUGAAAACAGUCCAUAUUCCUAUCAUUCAACUGAAGUUUCAGCAGAAUAUAUUGAUCUAACGUCAAAAACUUCUCCCGAAUUUCUGUAUGAAACGUCAAUUGUUAAAAAAUCAGUUCAAUAUGAGAUAAGCAUGUGUAAGCCAUGCAUUCAAGAAGAAGAGAGUGAAGAGGUUGCUGAUCAUAGCAGGGAGUGAUAAGAACACAUCUACUCAUCAAUCAUCAUCAUGAGAUCUAACUUUUAUCUUAUCUAUUGUAUUAUCAGUGGGCUUGUUACAGAAAGAGAGAGAGGGAGAGCUGUUGGAAUCGAAUUAUAUUUAAAAUUUUCUACAUUUUUUUAAAGGUACCAUAAUUUUGUUUUA